AUGUCCUCCAUCACCCAGGCCCUCCAAAAUCUCACCGGCAUGUCUCCCAAGGCUCGCGCUCUCUCCCAAAACGACAAUGACGUUGUCAUCGUCGCCGCUGUCCGUUCUGCCAUUACCAAGGCGAAGAAGGGUGGUUUCAAGGACACCCGGCCUGAAGAGAUCCUUUCCGGCGUCCUCAGCGCUGCCGUCAAGAAGUCGGGCAUGAACCCCGCCCUCAUUGGUGACAUUGCUGUCGGUAACGUCCUUCCCCCCGGUGGAGGGGCGAGCGCGGCACGCAUGGCUGCUCUCCACGCCGGCAUCCCCAACACCGUCCCCAUCUUCACUCUGAACCGGCAAUGCGCAUCGGGUCUCCAGGCGGUCAACAUCAUCGCUGGCGAGAUCAACUCUGGCAUGAUUGACAUUGGUAUCGGUGCCGGUGUCGAGUCCAUGACUUUCGGCUACGGCGGCAGUUCCAUGCCUGACGGCUUCUCGGAGAAGGUGCUCGCGUGCCAAGAGUCCGAAGACUGCCUCAUUCCCAUGGGCAUCACUUCGGAGAACGUCGCCACCGACUACGGCAUCUCGCGCCAGGUGCAGGACGAGUUCGCGGCCAAGUCCUUCCAGAAGGCCGCUGCCGCGCAGAAGGCGGGCAAGUUCAAGGACGAGAUCGUGCCGCUCAAGGUCAAGGUCAUUGACCCGAAGACGGAGAAGGAGAUGGAUGUCGUCGUCGCGCACGACGACGGUGUCCGGGACGGUGUUACCCCUGAGUCGCUUGGGAAGCUCAAGCCCGCGUUCAAGAAGGACGGUUCGACGCACGCGGGUAACGCGUCACAGGUCUCAGACGGCGCGGCGGCGGUCAUCCUUGCGCGCCGUUCGGUGGCGAAGAAGCUCGGGCUCCCCAUCCUCGGCAAGUUCGUUCUCGCGGCGGCCGUCGGUGUGCCCCCGCGUAUCAUGGGUGUCGGCCCCGCGUUCGCGAUCCCCAAGGUGCUCGAGCUCACCGGCCUCACGAAGGACGAGAUCGACUUCUACGAGAUCAACGAGGCGUUUGCGAGCCAGGCCGUGUACUCGGUUAUGAAGGUCGGCAUCCCCUUCGAGAAGGUCAACGUCAACGGUGGUGCGAUCGCCAUGGGACACCCUCUUGGCUGCACCGGUGCAAGGCAAGUCGCCACUGGUCUCAACAUCGCCAGGCAGACGGGCGGCAAGAUCUUCUGCACGAGCAUGUGCAUUGGCUCCGGCAUGGGUAUGGCGGCUGUGUUCGUCAGCGAGCAGUGA